AUGUUUAAGAAACACAUUGAAACUCCUCGAAAGAGUCCCAGAUUUGAUGGAACUUCAAUUGAUGAUAUUCAUGCUCCAUCGUUCAAUAUAUUAUCCCAAACACCCCCGCCUAAAACUGUUGAAAUUCCGGCGACCGGUGGUUCCUCUCGAUCGAAGAAUCAAAAAGAUAAAAAUAAUGAAGCAAAGGAAAGUGCGAUUCCAGCAAAUCAAAAGGGGAAGAAGAGGAAGGGGAAAACACUUGUUGAAACCCCUCCUGAUUCUGAUUCUGAUUCCGAUUCCGAUUUUGUUAGUCAACAAAUGUUGAAGUUGCUCAAACAUCAAAACCAUCUACAAGAAGAAAAACAAAGAAGAAGGAAUCGGAAUUACCAAAAUACAAAAACCCCAAAAAAUUGUAAGGCUGUUGAAAUCGAUGCAAAGUACCAUCGUGAAAGGUAUGCCACAAUCCUGUGGCAUUAUGAAAAAACAAAGAAUGAGGAUGGAGCGAUCACUACUGGUACGGUUGCUAGCAAAUUUGGUGGACCUCGCAUAGCAAAAUAA